AUGAAGUUCUUUAUUGAUGUAGCUCUUGACCUACUAAAGAACAAUGAAGUACAAGCAAUUAUUGGGCCAGAAACAUCAUCUCAGGCCAACUUUGUGAUUGAUCUUGGAGACCAAGCUAAGGUUCCCAUUAUUUCUUUCUCUGCAACAAGUCCUUCUCUGUCUUCAGCUCAAACUCCUUAUUUUGUCCGGGCUUCCCUUAGUGACUCCUCUCAGGUAAAAGCAAUUGCUUCCAUUGUGAAAGCCUUCAGAUGGAAGGAAGUUGUAGUGAUAUAUGAGAAUACUGAUUAUGGUACUGGAAUUGUACCUUAUUUGGUUGAUGCCUUCACCGCAAUUGAGACUCGUGUCCCCUAUAGAAGUGUCCUUUCUCCUAUAGCCACCGAUGAUCGAAUUCUUUCAGAGCUCUACAAGUUGAUGACAAUGCAAACUAGAGUAUUUGUUGUUCACAUGUCAUACUCCCUUGCUUCUCGUUUCUUUCUUAAAGCAAAAGAUGUUGGAAUGAUGAAUAAAGAAUAUGCCUGGAUUAUCACAAAUGGGCUAUCUGAUCAAUUGAAUUCCAUGGAUGCCUCAGUUGUUCAUUCUAUGCAAGGUGUACUAUGUGUUGAGCCUUAUGUGCCCAUGUCUGAUAAACUGAAGAAUUUUAAUAUCAAAUGGAGCCAGAAGUUCCACAAGGAAAACCCUGAUAUGGAAAUGGCUACCCUCAACAUUUUUGGACUGUGGGCAUAUGAUACUGUUUGGGCACUAGCACUGGCAGCUGAGAAAGUUGGGGCAGAGAAUACCCACUUCCAGCACCCACAAGUUGUUGAAGAACUAACAGACCUUUCAACUCUUGGAAUAUCUACAAUAGGUCCUAAACUUCUCAAGACAAUCCUGGAGACAAAAUUUACAGGCUUAAGUGGAGAAUUUAGCCUUGAUGGACAACUACAAUCAUCGGCAUUCCGGGUACUCAAUGUAAUAGGUGGUGGAGGAAGGGAGAUUGGGUUCUGGACCCCAAGAAAUGGAAUUUUACGCAAAUUGAAUGCAGCUGAUACAAAAUUCUAUUCGCCUUCGAAUUCCAAUCUCGGUGCUAUCGUAUGGCCAGGAAAUUCUAUGAAUGUGCCCAAGGGUUGGGUAAUCCCGACAAAUGGGAAGAAACUGAAGAUUGGAGUUCCUAUUAAGGAAGGAUUUACUGAAUUCGUGAAGGUAGAAAAAGAUCCUACUACCAAUGCCCCAGUUGUCACUGGGUACUGCAUUGAUGUCUUUAAUGCUGCAAUUGGGGAACUUCCAUAUGAUCUUCCUCAUGAGUUUAUUCCAUUCACAAGUUCCGGGACAUAUUGGACAAAUUUGUCUCUAUUUCUCCUUUAA